GCGAAAUACGCAUUCUGAACUUUCUCGAACAAACGAGCGAUAACGUCAACUCCCGGACGGACAAGCCUCAAGUUGUGUUGCAGCAGCCACACACACAAUGGAUGACGGUGGUGGAAUCGGGCUCUGCUUUGCGCAGCCCCCCAGCGUCAAAGAAGAAGAGGAGCAGCGCUUCAUCAGUCAGGAGGGCGAGCAGCUUCAAGGGCUGGACUUCCCGGUGAUCCGUGUCAUCGUAAAGAGUGAAGAUGAUGAAGACAGAAGCGAGCACAACAGAGGGACUGAACCUCCGAGUAGCAGCGCGAGUCAACGCUUGACAGCAGAAGGCGAUCACUGCGGAAGAUCCACAGCUGACAGACUGCUAACUCCACUAUUAGAUAGUGACGACGCAAUGUCACGCUAUCCCGACACUGACGAUGAACACUCCAGAGAAGAUGUGAACAAACCCUUGAAAUGUUCUCAGUGCGACAAAACGUUUGGCCACAAAAAGAAUCUGAAAAGGCACAUGAGAUAUCACACGGGGGAAAAACCAUUCGUCUGCUCAUUCUGCGGUCAAGCAUUCUAUGAGAAGGCCCAUUUGACAACACACACAAGAACACACACUGGGGAAAAGCCAUUUUCCUGCUCGAUUUGCGAUAAAAUAUUUUGCGAUCGCUCUGCGUGGGUUGUUCACCAGAGAACACACACUGGAGAGAAACCUUUUACUUGCUCAAUUUGUGGAAAAAGUUUCCCUCGCAGGGAAAAUCUAAGAACUCACACACGAACACACACAGGAGAGAAACCUUUUACAUGCGCUGUCUGCAAAACCAGUUUUACUGUUCGGUCCACGUUGGUUCAGCACAUGAGAACGCACACGGGUGAAAAACCUUUUGCAUGCUCAGACUGUGGCACAAAAUUCUCUCAAAAGACGCACUUAAAAAAUCAUAUGCGAACGCACACUGGGGAAAAACCGUUUACUUGCCCUUUUUGUGACAAACGUUUCUCUGUUAAGGGAAGUUUGAUAACACACAUUCGAACGCACACUGGAGGGAUGUGAUGUGUUGCUGUGAGUUCAUUUCUUAAUAAUCAUCAGUCACCUGAGUUUUCAUUCUACACAAUACUCAUUUUUUUAACAUUAAUUCUGAUGUAUUUU